AUGGCUUCUAAUCCAACAAGAACAACGUUGAACGAUAUUCGACAGAUCCAUACACCGCUGACCACUAUCCUUUCUCCAAGGCAAGAGGAUCCUACACCUACCAUAUCUCAAGAAGGAGGAGAUGAGACUGUCGUGGUUACUGUGACUCCUGUAACUACCGUAUAUCCAGAUCAAGAAACUGGGAUAGGGACUGAAACAGUGACCAAAUCAUACAAGCUUUUACCUGCCAGUACACCUAUUCCUUUGGCAGACCAAAUGGGAUUGAUCAUGCCGAAUCCUUGGUCUCAUCUUUACACAGGUUUGAAUUAUAGUUUCGGUUUCGUUGAUCCUGAUCCUAGACCAGCUCCUACAGCUGGAGGCUGGUUAAGAGUUGUUCAGCCUUUAUUGGUGUUUCCAAACUAUACUGUAGCGGUGUUCCCAAAUGUUGGAACUGAUGAUCCAACUAAUCCAGAAGCGGUACCCGUUGGAAGUGACGGUCUUUGCGGAGCAACAGCUGGAAACUACGCUUUUGGUUGGCCAUUCAUCUUCGUGGAACAUGGAUGGUAUAUGUUUGUGGUGAAUCAGACGUACUUGCAGGUCAAUGUGACAUCGAAUAACCAGUGUACCUUUCCAAUCCUGCAACAGAAAUCUUUCUUCUCCACUCAGACAUUCUCGAUAGGUCCAGCACCUACUUACAGUCCAGGUCCCGUGGUACCUUCGUCAGCCUACACCGUUUUCGCCGAAGUCACUACCAAUACACCUAGUGAUAUACCGUCAGAUCCACAUCAUGCUUCGAAGGGAGAGAGACUCGCCAUAGCUCUGGGCGUUGUAGGAGCCCUUUUAGGAGUCGCAAUUAUCAUCGCUGUCAUGUGGUUCAUACGGAAGAAACGGAAGAUGGAACGAGAGGCUUUAGCGUUCUCUCGUCUCCCUCAAAAAGAUCAAGAAGCUUUUCUUCGUGAAAAUCCCGAUUCUUUCCUGAAUCCCAAUCACCCCAGAUACGCAGCUAAGAAUGGUUAUGCAUACAACAAUGGUCCUCCCGCACCACCCGGAACGAUGGCUUAUGCAAUUUGGUGGUCUCAACAACAAUGGAACAAUCAAAUGAGACAACCUCAAAACCCAGCCUGGGGACAGUAUUCAGCAGCUCCCCAGAUGGCACAGGCGAUCCGUCCGGUAUGGCAGACUAACCAGGUGUACGGCAAUACAACAAACCUAGGUAACUCACAUCAAUAUGGGCGAUGA